AUGAACGGAACCAAUCUACGAUGUUCCAUUUUGGACUUAAACUUGGAACAAACUAGAGAUACCUUUAUUACGAGUAUUUUUACAUGUAUUUUUAAUGCAGUGUUUUCCCUACUAACAUCUACAGGAAAUACAAUCAUUCUUAAUGUCAUUUGGAAGACUCCAGAACUUCAUUCGCCGUCCUUUAUGCUUUUGCUUUGUCUCACUGCCUCCGAUCUAUUGGUCGGACUGAUUUGUCAGCCGUUGUUCGUGGCUUAUCAGAUCGCAGAACUUUUGCAUAACUUCAGAGCUUAUUGCAUCCUGAGAAUGACUCAAAACAUAUCUGGUUGGAUAACAGUUGGGGUAUCUUUGUUCACUUUGAGCGCUGUCUCCAUUGAUCGACUUCUUGCUUUGACCUUACAUUUACGGUACAGUUCAAUUGUGACCGGUUCUCGGGUACUGAAAGUCGCUAUCUUUUUGUGGAUUGGAAACGUAACUGUUGUCAUCUUAAGAUUUUGGAUAAAAAAAUGGAUUUUUUUUCCCUUGGUCGCAAUACUUCUUUCGUUUCUGGUUACAGCAGUAAGUUCCUUGAAAAUUUUUUGGAUCGUUCGCAAACACCAGCGUCAGAUAAAACAGCAACAGGAGAGUGCCCAACUCUCCACGGUAAACAUGCUCAAAUGUAGAAAAUCUGCUGUAACUGUAGUAUGCGUUUAUGGUUUAUUCCUGCUUUUCUAUUUUCCAUUUUGUGUGACAAUGUUCUUGGAGACACUUUUUGGAUACACGUUAAAGGUAAAGAUUGCUUAUGACUACGCAACAACUAUCGUGUUCGUGAACUCCUGUUUGAAUCCACUGGUUUACUGUUGGAGAAUUAAGGAGAUACGCCAUGCUGUUAGAAAUACACUGAGAAGAUCUAUAGGAGAGCAAUAA